UCCACACUUCACUGAUCUCAUAUUUCUGAUCCCUGUUUUUUACCAGGCCGUGGAUGAGUCCGGCAUGCCAGGCAUGGACAGGGUGGACAGGCUGGCAAAAUGCCUCGUGGAGCUGCGCAACCAGCCACUACUAACACUCAGCAACCAGCAGGUGGACAAUAUUGUCGGCCUCUGGCAGGAACUGCUUCCCUACGACCAGCAGCGGGUGGUCUUUGCCGCAAGACACCAGACCAAGCUGGCCACGGGGAGGUUCAGGAGUCCUAAGAAGAGGCAGGAGUUCACGCCGGGGGUGGAGAGCGUAAAGAGGCAUGCCCUCACCACCUCUGCCCCAAUUGCCCAGUGGCCAGACUGUUGCCGGCUCGUGGAGAGCAUCUUCGUUAGGCUCUGUGCCAUCCACCGCGGUCCCAAGAAGAAGGGGACUGGCACAGUGUCUAGGUUUGACCUCGUCCUGGAGGACUACCGCCAGAUCAGGCGGCGUAUUCUGGGGUCCGAGGUCAUGCCGAAGACCUCCAUGCAGCUGGUGGACGUGAGCCACACCACCCUGGUCCAGUGGAACAGCAAGAGGGUGCAGAGGCAGGAGACUGCGGUGGUCAUGCAGGGGCUGGACCUGCCCAGUCGACUGUCUGUGGCGGCUGACCCUCUCCCCACAGCCAAAACGCGGGCCGUGUCUGCACCCCCCCAAUCUGGCCCGGCUCACCAGUACCACCUGCCCAGCAGCACCGUGGGCCAAGCGAGGAGAAAGACCACACACACACACACACCCGCAGUCGCCACACACACACACACACCCGCAGUCGCCACACACACACCCGCAGUCGCCACACACACACCCGCAGUCGCCACACACACACACACACCCGCCACACCUGUGGCUGUGAGGCCACGUACUCCUUGGCAGCUCUUCCCUGCUCCAGCUCCAGCUCCAAGUUCAUCUCCGAAGCUGAUGCUGCUGGGACCAGUAGGUGCUCAGGUGCCUGUCCUGAUGGCUGCCCCACAGGCCCUGAGCUACAGCCUCAUGCCUCCUCCUCCUCCUCCUCCUCCUCCUCCUCCUCCUGCUCCUCCAGUCCGCAAACUGACCCGCAGGGUACUACACAACACCUGUAAGCAGUGUAAGGAGUUUAGGACGGCAGAGACUGGACACAGCCAGUAUAAAGGAAAGGUGUACUGCCCAAACAUUGAAACUGUCCCAAAAGAACAGUGGCUGGAGGACAUGAAGAAAAAAAAAAAAGUUUGAUUCAUAUAUUGUUCAUAUAUGAUAUUGUAAUAAAAGUUUGGUUGAUAAAAAAA